AUGAAGCAGCGCUUUUCAGCCAUCGAUGUGUGCGCGACGGUGACAGCACUGAACCAGCGCAUUGUCGGACUACGCCUGCAAAACGUGUACGAUGUGAAUUCAAAGACGUUCCUCAUGAAAUUCACCGAGCCAGACCACAAAGAACUGGUGCUGGUGGAGUCUGGAAUCCGACUGCACACAACCGACUACGCCCGCGACAAGUCGAUUACGCCCACUUGCGUGGCCGCUAAGCUGACAGCAGUAAAGCAGAUCGGCAUGGACCGUGUCGUGGACUUUGAGUUUGCCGUCAUGGCCGGUGCGCAGGAAGAAGGCACGUACCAUAUCGUAUGCGAGUUCUACGCCUCGGGUAACAUCAUCCUGACCGACUACCAGUACAGAAUCCUGGCGCUUUUGCGUGUGGUCGUUUUGGAGGAAGACAAGUUUGCUGUGGGCGAGACAUACGGGCUAGCAGAGUCGCGCGAUAUCCAGCCGGUGCAGCGCCAGGACCUGGUGAACCUCUUGGCCAAGGCCGGUCCGAAGGACAACCUGAAGCGCACCCUGGCGACGUUUGGCGCUUACGGACCGGCGCUGUCUGAGCACGUCAUCCUGCGCGCCAAGCUCAGCCCAACGCUGCGCAUCGCCACGGGGAUGGACCUCACGCCGCAGUCGCCGCAGAUCGACGCGCUCAUGAUGGCUUAUGGUGAGGCAUACGGAAUUGCACAGGAGCUGCGGCACGGGGUGCAUCCUGGCUACACGACAUUCCUGCCACGCACCGAUAGUUCGCCGGAAGAGGAUCUGUUUGACGAGUUCCACCCCUGGCUGUUCGAGCAGCACAAGAACAAGCCGUACAGAGAGUACCCGAGCUUUGCUGACGCAGCGGAUGUGUUUUUCUCGAACAUCGAGGCCCAGCGGCUCAAGGUCAGGGUGCAGCAGCAGGAGAUUGCCGCAGUCAAAAAGCUCGAGGCAAUCAAGUCUGAGCACGAUGGACGUGUGGCCUCUCUGGAGCUUGCCCACCGCAAGGCCGAAGAGCAGGCUCGGCGGAUCGAGUUGAAUCUGGAGUUUGCGGUUGCUGCUGGCAUGGACUGGCAGGAGCUGGAGGAGCUGGUCGACGAUCAGCGUGAUCUGGGGAACCCGGUUGCUGAGCAGAUCAAGAAGCUGAACCUCGGCGUCAACCAGAUCACUUUGGAGCUCGAUGAUCCCGAUGACUGGGACGACUCGGACAGCGAUGGGGAUGACGAUGAGCAGCGGGAAUUUGCAGGCCCACUGGAUGUCGACGUUGACAUUUUCCAAUCGGCAUUUGCAAAUGCACAGCGGUACUACACGUCGCGGCGGGCAGCCGGUGUCAAGCACUCCAAGACCCUGGCGGUCUCACAACAGGCCCUGCAGUCGGCGGAGCAGAAGAUCCGCGCCGACCUGAAGGCGACCAAAAUCACGGCUACAGUGAGCCAGCUGCGCAAGCCGUUCUGGUUUGAAAAGUUUGCCUGGUUUGUGUCCUCGGACGGCUACCUGGUGAUCGCUGGGCGCGACAUGCAGCAGAACGAGAUCCUGGUUAAAAAGUAUCUGAAGCCCGGCGACGCCUAUAUCCACGCAGAUAUCCACGGUGCGGCAUCGGUGAUUGUCAAAAACAAGAUUGCGCCCGAGGCUGCCUCGGUGCUCGACAAGGCCGAUUCCUCAGCCAAGAAGACAGCAGAGACCAUCCCGCCCUCGACGCUGUUCCAGGCUGGUAUCAUGAGUGUGUGCCAGUCGCGUGCUUGGGAUGCCAAGAUUGUGACUUCGGCAUGGUGGGUCGAGGCUAGCCAGGUCAGCAAGACGGCGCCUACUGGCGAGUAUCUGACCACCGGAAGCUUCAUGAUCCGCGGCAAGAAGCACUUUCUGCCACCCACCCAGCUCGUGUACGGCUUUGGUUUCCUGUUCCGCUUGGCUGACGACGAGAGCGUCGCGCGCCAUGUCAAGGCGCACCAGCAGCGGAUGGCGAUCAUGGAGGAGAACCGCCGCACCUUCGAGGGCAGCGCUGCCAAGAAGGAUGAGCCUGAGCUGGCACCAGAGGAGCCUGCUGGCAACGAUGAUGAGUUCACGAUCAUCAAUGCUGACGCUCCUGAAGAGGUCCCGCCAGCCAAGCAGCCCAAGCCGGCCAGGUCCGAUGGCAUUGAUUUUGUCGCUGCCCGGAGCAAGUACAACCUGGACGAAGUCGAGCAGGCCCACGCCGACGAUUUUGGCGAUAGCGGCCCCUCUGCAGCGCAUACCUCCAGCAAAAAGCAGAUUUCGGCCAAGGAGCGGCGGCAGCAGCGCAAGGAGCGCAAGCAAGGCAAGGACCACGAGGAGACGGAGGUGCCCCAGGGCAAGCUGAGCAAGAAGGAAAUGCGGCGCCUCGAAGAGGAGCGCAAGUUCGAGGCGUCCCAGCAGAAGCAGAAGCAGCAGCCACAGAAGCGCGGCAAGAAGGGCAAGAUGAAGAAGAUGAAGGAGAAGUACGCCGAGCAGGAUGACGAUGACCGCGAGAUCCGCAUGGCACUCCUGGGAUCCACUGGCAAGGAUGUCGAGCAGGCACUGGACAAUGCCAGCAAGCCGGCUGAGGAAACAGGCAUUUCUGGUCUGCCUGUUUCGUCGCAGGCGCCACCCAGCAUCGUCGACCAGUUCAAGGCUAUGGCCACCAAGCAGGAUUCGGAUGACAAGCCGUACAAGAAGCCUGCCAAUGAGAAGCAGCUCGAUGAGGACGAAGACGCUGCCGACAUCUCCAUGGACCAGAUGAACGUGCUCGACCUCCUCACGCCGUCGCCUCUGGCCGGCGACAACCUGAGCUUUGCCAUCCCCGUGUGUGCACCUUACAACUCGCUGUCUGCCUACAAGUACCGCGUCAAGCUGGUUCCGGGCGUCAUGAAGAAGGGCAAGGCCAGCAAAAUGGCCCUGAGCGUGUUUUUGGCAGCAGCCGACAACAACAAGCCCAAAUCUACGCACUCUGCAGACUCGCAGGAGGCAGAGCGCUUGGAGUUCGAGACGAUCCUGGCUAACCGUGAGAAAGAGCUGAUGAAGGGCGUGUCGGAUGUCGAGAUGAUUGCGCAGAUGCUCGGCAAAGUCAAGGUGACAGCGCCCAACAUGGAGUCGAUCAAGCAAAAGUCCAAGUCUAUGGCCAAGGCCAAGGCCAAGGGCAAGCGCAAGGAUGAUUAG